AUGUCCUCUGGAACCAGUAUCAGCAAAAAUCGGCAGGCUCCGAGCCUGCAGGGUGUUGACCCAGAAACAUGCAUGAUAGUAUUUAGAACACACUGGGCACAGGUUCUGAAAAUCUUAGAGAAGCACGAUCCUUUGAAAAACACCCAGGCAAAGUACGGGGCUAUUUCACCUGAUGAGGCCAGCACUGUUCAGAAUUAUGUGGAGCACAUGCUUUUCUUAUUAAUUGAAGAGCAAGCAAAGGGUGCCUCGAUGGGGCCUAUUCUGGAGUUUGUGGUAUCAGAAAACAUCAUGGAGAAGCUUUUUCUUUGGAGCCUGCGGCGAGAGUUCACCGAUGAGACAAAAAUUGAGCAACUCAAAAUGUAUGAAAUGCUAGUAACCCAGUCUCAUCAGCCUUUGCUGCAUCACAAGCCCAUCCUGAAGCCUUUGAUGAUGUUGCUGAGUUCCUGCUCAGGAACAGCCACUCCAACAGUGGAAACAGAGCUGGUCAUCCUCUUAAACCAGCUCUGCUCUAUAAUAGCCAAAGAUCCCUCCAUUUUAGAACUGUUUUUCCACACCAGUGAGGACCAAGGAGCUGCCAAUUUCCUCAUAUUUUCCCUGCUGAUUCCCUUCAUCCAUCGAGAAGGAACAGUAGGCCAACAGGCCCGUGAUGCGCUGUUCUUCAUAAUGUCUCUGUCUGCAGAAAACAACGUUGUUGCAAACCACAUAGCAGAAAACACCUACUUUUGCCCAGUGUUAGCAACUGGACUAAGCGGCCUCUACUCAUCUUUGCCUACGAAGCUGGAAGAAAAUGGAGAGGAGUGGCACUGUCUGCUCAAAGAUGACUGGCUCUUGUCACCAGCCCUUGUACAGUUCAUGAAUUCCCUUGAAUUCUGCAAUGCUGUGAUACAGGUGGCACAUCCCUUGAUACGUAACCAGCUUGUGAAUUACAUUUACAAUGGAUUUUUGGUGCCGGUAAUGGCUCCUGCGCUCCAUAAGGUGACUGUGGAAGAAGUGAUGACUACUACUGCAUACCUGGAUCUCUUCUUGCGAAGUGUUUCGGAGCCAGCCCUCCUCAAGAUUUUCCUCCGUUUCAUUUUGCUGCACCGACACGAGAACGUGCAUAUCCUAGACACACUGACUAGCCGAAUCAACACACCGUUCCGGCUCUGUGUGGUCUCCUUGGCAUUGUUCAGAACGCUCAUUGGUUUGCACUGUGAAGAUGUGAUGUUACAGCUAGUUUUAAGGUAUCUGAUCCCUUGUAACCACAUGAUGUUGAGCCAGCGGUGGGCUGUGAAAGAGAGAGACUGUUACUCUGUGUCUGCUUCAAAACUGCUUGCCCUGACGCCAGUCUGCUGCUCCACUGGGAUCACCUUGACACUUGAAAGCCAAGGAAAAGAUUAUAUUCUGUGGACAAAAGCAGCACAAACUAAAGAUUCUGGCGAAUGUGGAAGAGCUGUGGACAUCAGCUACUUGCAGUACUUGGGGGAAGCGCAAGAAGCCAUCCUCCAGUGUCUGAAAGACUGUAAGGUUUGGUCUGCCUUGUAUGAUGGAGUAAACCCCGAUCCAGACACCUUUAUCCAAACACUUGCUGAGGAGAACAGUGCGGAUGUGGAACACCCUAUGUUUCGGCUCCAGCAAAGGACACCCAGCACAUGUAGCUCGUCUCAAGUCACUCCAUUCAGUGAGAAGAUGCAGUUGGAGCUAGAAUGGGAUGAUAGCUAUGACACAGGGAUUUCUCCUGGUUCUGAUGUGAGCUCACCGCAACCAUAUGAUGACCUGGGAAACACAGAGAUGCAGCCACCUGUAGAGCCACCAAAACACAUUCAAGAAAUGAAAAAAAAUGCCAUCAUGCUCAUCAAAGGAUCUUACAUAGAGGAAUCAGACUUUCAGGAUGAUGUUAUGGUUUACAGGUUAUGUGCCCAGAAGGAUACUCAGGAUGAUGACAACUCCAGGGAGAAACCUGUAAAUGUAGCCAGAGAACAUGACGGCCAAAGCCAGACUGUAGUCAAUGGUCCUCUUCUGAAGAGCCAGCUGGAAAUGGACUCGGAUGAGCACAGUAAGAGAAAUUCAAGCUUGACUCAAGGUGCAAUGAAAGAACAAAUAAACCAGAAAAUGAUUGAGAUUGAUCCACAGCCAGACUUAGCGUUGAAGCUUUCUCCUCAGGAGGCAGAUCGUAACUUAAGUGUAAGACUGCUGAGCACAGAUGGUGAGGAUUUCAUUGCACAGUAUGACAAAAUUAUUAAGGAGCUGGAUGCAAACGGUGCAAGCUUGGAGGAGCAGAAGUGGGAUGCUCCUGACCCUGCGUCUCCUGCAGAAGAGGAGGAGGACUUUGAGAAUUUCUCAGCAGACACCCCUUCUGCAGAGAGCAUGUCAUCUCCCUUUGGACCAAAGGAGGAUGUGUCUCCCAAGCACGCUGCAAGGAGCCAGGGUGCUCCGUUUACAGGACCGUUCAUCAGCGUAGUGUUGUCAAAGCUGGAGAACAUGCUGGAGAAUUCCUUGCAUGUGAAUUUGCUGCUUAUUGGGAUUAUUACUCAGCUGGCAAGUUACCCACAGCCUCUUCUUCGCUCCUUUCUGCUCAACACCAACAUGGUGUUUCAGCCCAGUGUGCGGUCGCUCUAUCAGGUGCUGGCAUCUGUGAAAAAUAAAAUUGAACACUUUGCUUCCAUUGAAAAAGACUUCCCAGGGCUUCUCCUGGAGGCCCAACAGUACUUGCUGUUUCGUGUGGACACGUCUGAUGCCACGGAAGAAUUGCUAACCACAGGUAACGUCCAGCACAGCAGCAGCGGAGGGAAAGGAAGGAACCUCUCUGACGCCUACCCGGCUCUGCUCCAGCCUUUCCUGGGACAGAAAGAAAAGAAAGGCCUGGCUCAUCCCGGUCUUCCUGCACACGUGAGGAAUGCUGUACUCGCAGCUGCCCUUUUCCCGGAGUUCCUGAAGGAGCUGGCAGCUCUUGCCCAGGAACACUCCAUUUUAUGUUACAAAAUACUGGGGGAUUUUGAGGAUUAUUAUUGA